UCACAACCCACCAUACUUUCCAAAGAGAUUCAGACACAAAUCAGUUCCUUCGCCAGUGACUCCUCUCCACUCAGCUACGGACCUACAGGAAGACCAGUCGCAAUGGCUCCCUCGUUCGUGACCAUUGACACCACCCCCGACUUCGACCUGGCUCCCCCACCUUCGGUCAAGUCCAUCAACCCCUCCUCGCAGCGGAUCCUCCUCCUCGCGCCCCCCUCCAUCGCCACCCACGAAGAGAAGCUGCGCGAUCUCUUUACAACCUAUGACCGCGCCACUACCGACCUACAGAUGCUCGACCGCAUCGCUGGCGGUUUUGCCUCUCUCCCCGCCAACACCUACGAUCUCGUCCUCGUCCUCACCGACACCGAUGGCGCGCGCCGCUCGGAGGCUCUCCAGCUUCUCAACCGGAAUGUUUAUAGCGCUUUGGUUCCGUCCAUGAAGGCUGGGGCCAAGUUUCAGACUCAAGACAACAAUUUCGGAGAGGCUGAGGAGCGGGAGGCGGUUUUGGCGGGGUUGGUUAAGACGGACGGCGGAUUCGAGAAGGCCGACCAAGGCAAAGUGUUUGCCAUCCCUCUCCGGCGGAGCGGGAAGAAGGACGCGGCCAAGAAGACGCCUACCGCUGCUGCGACGAACGUUCAACCCAUUCCUCCGAUCGUCGCUCCUGCACCGACCGCCCCGGCAAUGGGCAUCAUCAAUGAUGACGCCGAUUACGGUGAUGACGAUGAGUUGAUUGACGAGGACGAUCUCUUGUCGGAAGAUGACUUGAAAAGACCCAUUCCUCCCCCCGAAUGCCAACCCAAAAAAGGCCGGAGAAGACGCGCGUGCAAGGACUGCACAUGCGGUCUUGCCGCGCGACUCGAGGCGGAGGAGCAAGCGCAGCGGGAGAAGGCCGACAAAGCGCUGAACGUGAUGAAGCUCCAAACCGACGACCUCAACGAGUUGGACUUCACCGUCCAGGGCAAGCCGGGCUCCUGCGGGAACUGCGCACUGGGCGAUGCCUUCCGGUGUGACGGAUGUCCCUUCAUUGGUCUUCCAGCCUUCAAGCCGGGCCAGGAGGUCCAGAUCAUGAACAAUGUUGUGCAAUUGUAGCGAUGCUUUUUAUUCCCACUAUUGUUAUGCUCUUCUUAGCGGAGUUGGGGGACCAGGGCAACGGGUUUGGGGAGUUUAGUUUCUUUGUCGGGAGGGUACAAAAUAGAUAGAGUCUUUUUGACGACUUUGGACGAAAUUAUAUCGAGAAUUUCAAUCGUUCAUUUUUAGGACUUCUGGCA